CCACGUUCGCGUCAUGGGAGUUCCUGCCGCCUCCGCUACAUCGCUCCAACUCGACUUUCGUUCGCCCAACAACACUGCCCAGAAGAGCCAACCUGCUCCAUGGCAGCCUGACCACACCAGCGAUGCGUGCACGGCCUGCAACGGCGAGUUCAACUCGUGGACUCGGCGGCGGCAUCACUGCCGAGCCUGUGGAUGCCUUGUCUGUGCGGACUGCAGUCCUAGCUUGAUUGCACUGCCUCAACUUGGAUACGCGACUCCGGUUCGUGUGUGUAAAACAUGCCAACCCACCACACGAACGCUCAGCACGGCGCUAUCAAACGUGUCGGAUGACUCGUCGUCCGACAACGAAGCGGAUGCGCUGGACGAAGAAACUCUCCAGUCCGCGUUCGAUGAGAUCGCCUGUCAUGCGCGCAUGAAGGUCUCCCGGUACUUUGUCAAGUCGGAAGCGGUGAAUUGGCUCGUCGACACGGGUUGCACGGCCUCCCGGAUCACAGCUGCGCAUGUGUUCCGCCGCCUUGUGGUGAACGAACUAGUCAUCGAGUCAAACGAUGCAUUCUGUAUCAACCACGGCGACGCCCGACGCGACUCAUACUCCGUGCCUGCAAACGACUCGAUCAAGUGCCUCAACUGCACACGUUCGUUCCUCAGACGACGCGCACCCGUGGCGGGGUUCUGCUCCAUCGACUGCAAGACCAACGCCGAGUUCAGUCGGUCCGAUGACCUCCGCAUCCAAGCGUUGUGUGCGUAGAUUAGGUGGAGACAUUGUCGUCUUCGUUCGUUGUAGCGUCCUGUACCAUACCUACCUGUAUACAUACUAAUUACUCAAACACGUGUAAUGUUGUCAUUGC